UGGUGCUGAGUCCCUCCGUCCCCGUCAGGAGUUGGGUGAUAACUCAGCAGUUAUGUCAUUAGGUGUGCGGGCACCUCAGCUGUGAAAGCUGUCAGCAGCGUUAUGUUCCCCGCUGCAGACCUGCCCGCCUCCUGUGCGCGUGCCACGGCGUCCCACAGCCUCGUUUCCUCGCUCCAUCUGCAUCCUUCACUUUGUCUAAUCAAAGAGUUCGUCUGCCGCGCGUCACUUUGCCCGCAGCUUCUCAUCUGCGUAGGCUGACAAAAGAAAAACUCUUCUCCACCUCCAACAUGCACCUGAAAAGGUGAGGUGGGCAUCCGCACAAGGGGAGGUUAUCCACAAGAGCGCGUCUUUGACUCCGGGUGUCCACUCCUCUUUGGGCACAUCACCCUCCGAUGCAAUUAACCCAGGAAGACGACUUAGAGAAGGGGGACUCAACGCCGAGCACCGCAGCUCUCCAGUCCGACGGCAGCGCCGGAUCUCCGGCCAAAAUGUGCAGUGAAUGUUACGUGAAUCAGACAUUUGUGAACGACGAUGGGACCGUGAACGAGCACAAGCCACGCUCCUCUCCAGCGCCACUCCAGACCGGCAUCAUCAUCGGCGGCAGCAGCAGCAGCAGCAGCGGGGUUAUCUUAGACAUCUCCACUCUUAAGAUGGAGCAGCAGGAGAGCGAGGUGCCUCCGCUGCCGCCCCGUUUCCGCUUCAGAGACCUGCUCCUCGGGGACCAGAGCUUCCAGAACGAUGACAGGGUGCAGGUAGAGUUUUACGUGAACGAAAACACCUUCAAGGAGCGUCUGAAGCUUUUCUUCAUCAAAAACCAACGAUCAAGUCUGAGGAUUCGCGUGUUCAACUUCUGCCUGAAGCUGCUCACCUGCCUGCUGUACAUGAUCCGAGUGGUGACGGACAACCCGGCUCAGGGCGCCUCCGCCAGUCACAGCGCAGGACAGCAAAACGCCCCCAGUGGCAACAGCAAAUGUGUCGACUGCCAGUGGAACGGAUCAGUGCAGGACAGAGAAAUUAACUGGGAGCUGAUCUUCUGGGUGGACAGAAAGGUUCCCGUGUGGGCAAUUCAGGUGAUCGUGGCCAUCAUUAGUUUCCUGGAGACGAUGUUACUGAUGUAUCUGAGCUACAAGGGGAACAUUUGGGAGCAGAUAUUCCAGGUGUCUUUUCUUCUGGAGAUGAUCAACACGGUUCCCUUCAUCAUCACGAUCUUCUGGCCCUCCAUAAGGAACAUCUUCAUCCCCGUGUUUCUCAACUGCUGGCUGGCCAAGUGUGCUUUGGAGAACAUGAUCAAUGAUGUCCACAGAGCAAUCCAGAGGACCAACUCGGCCAUGUUCAACCAGGUCCUCAUUCUGAUCUGCACCCUGCUCUGCCUGGUCUUCACCGGCACCUGUGGAAUCCAGCACCUGGAGCGGGCAGGCAAAAACCUUUCCCUCUUCAAUUCUUUCUACUUCUGCAUCGUCACCUUCUCCACCGUGGGCUUCGGGGACGUCACGCCCCGCAUAUGGCCCUCCCAGCUGCUGGUGGUCAUCAUGAUCUGUGUGGCUCUGGUGGUGCUGCCUCUGCAGUUCGAGGAGCUGAUGUACCUGUGGAUGGAGAGACAGAAGUCUGGAGGGAAUUACAGCCGCCACAGAGCACAGACAGAGAAACAUGUAGUGCUUUGUGUCAGCGCACUAAAGAUUGACCUGCUCAUGGAUUUUCUAAAUGAAUUCUACGCCCAUCCCAGACUUCAGGAUUACUAUGUGGUCAUCCUGUGUCCGACUGAAAUGGACCUCCAGGUGCGGAGGGUGCUGCAGAUCCCCCUGUGGUCUCAAAGGGUCAUCUAUCUGCAAGGAUCUGUUCUCAAAGACCAGGAUCUGCUAAGAGCCAAAAUGGAUGACGCGGAGGCUUGUUUCAUUUUAAGCAGCCGUAAUGAGGUGGAUCGCAUGGCUGCGGACCAUCAGACCAUCCUGAGAGCCUGGGCAGUGAAGGACUUUGCUCCAAACUGCCCUCUUUAUGUGCAAAUACUCAAACCUGAAAAUAAAUUCCAUGUCAAAUUUGCAGAUCAUGUUGUGUGUGAGGAGGAGUUCAAGUACGCCAUGUUGGCUCUCAACUGUGUGUGUCCUGCCACCUCCACCUUGGUCACGCUCCUCGUACACACCUCCCGCGGACGAGAAGGACAGCAGUCUCCCGAGCAGUGGCAGAGGAUGUACGGGUGUUGCUCCGGCAACGAGGUCUACCACAUCAGACUGUGUGACAGCAAGUUCUUUGGAGAGUAUAAUGGCAAAAGCUUCACAUACGCUUCCUUUCAUGCUCACAAGAAGUACGGCGUGUGUCUGAUCGGCAUAAAGAGGGAGGACAACAAGAGCAUCCUGCUGAACCCUGGCCCGCGCCACAUCAUGGCUGCCACGGACACCUGCUACUACAUCAACAUCACCAAGGAGGAGAACUCCGCCUUCAUCUUCAACCAGGAGGAGCGGAAGGGCCGCACUGCCGGGGGGAUCUAUGACGGGCCCUCACAGCUCCCAGUGCACAGCAUCAUCGCCAGCAUGGGCACUGUGGCCAUGGAUCUUCAGAACACGAGUCCACCUGAGGGGUCAGGCGGUAAACUGGUCCCGCCGACGGUGAAUGGAACAGGGGCGCGUCGGCCGAGCAUCGCUCCGGUUCAGGAGAUCGCCGACUCCUCCUCAAUUCUGCCAUGUGAUCUCCUCGGUGACCAAUCAGAGGAUGACUCCGUCUUCACAGAUGAGAAAGGCCCCUCAUCUACCGAGUACGUGAAAGGUUAUCCCCCGAACUCUCCGUACAUUGGAAGCUCGCCCACCUUGUGCCAUCUGUUGGCUGAAAAAGCCCCGUUUUGCUGCCUACGACUCGACCAGGGUUGCACGCACAACAGUUUCGAGGACGCCAAGGCUUAUGGUUUUAAAAACAAGCUCAUCAUUGUGUCUGCCGAGACUGCAGGGAACGGUCUCUAUAACUUCAUUGUGCCUCUCAGAGCUUAUUACAGAUCCAGGAAAGAGCUCAACCCCAUUGUCUUGCUGCUGGAUAAUCCGCCAGAUAAUCACUUUCUGGAGGCCAUCUGCUGUUUUCCUAUGGUCUACUACAUGGCUGGGACCAUAGACAAUCUGGACAGCCUGCUGCAGUGUGGCAUUAUCUACGCCGAUAAUUUGGUUGUUGUAGAUAAAGAGAGUACAAUGAGUGCCGAGGAGGACUACAUGGCCGACGCCAAAACUAUUGUCAACGUCCAGACGAUGUUCAGGCUGUUUCCCAGUCUGAGUAUCAUCACAGAGCUUACUCACCCAUCCAACAUGAGAUUCAUGCAGUUCAGAGCAAAGGACUGCUACUCGCUGGCCCUCUCCAAGCUGGAGAAGAAAGAGCGAGAUAAAGGCUCCAACUUGGCCUUCAUGUUUCGCCUACCCUUCGCUGCAGGCAGGGUGUUCAGUAUCAGCAUGCUGGACACCCUGCUGUAUCAGUCUUUCGUGAAGGACUACAUGAUCCUUAUUGCAAGGCUGCUGCUGGGGCUGGACACGACUCCGGGAUCGGGAUACCUCUGUGCUAUGAAAGUGACCGAGGAGGAUCUGUGGAUCAGCACUUACGGCAGGCUCUUCCAGAAACUCUGCUCCUCUAGUGCCGAAAUUCCCAUCGGGAUCUAUCGGACAGAAUCCCACAUUUUCGCGACUUCUGAGUCACAGGUGUCAGUCAGUGUGGACGACUGCGAGGACACUAAGGAGAGGGCGGACGAGUCUCGCAGCAAUGACCAGUCGGAUCACCCGCUGCUGAGGAAGAAGAGCAUGCAGUGGGCCCGGCGUCUGAGUAAGAAAAGCGUGAGGUGGCAGGGAGUGAGCCGGGACUCGAGCAAGGACCACUCCCAGCGCAUCGCUCAGCAGCGCCUCAACCUGUACCGGCGCUCUGAGAGGGAGGAGCUGUCGGAGCUCGUCCGCAACCGCAUGAGGCAUCUGGGCCUCCCCACCUCUGGAUACGAAGACCUAACUAAUCUGACGGCCAGUGACGUCAUGAACAGAGUCAAUCUGGGAUACCUGCAAGAUGAGCAGAAUGAUCACCAGAACACUCUGUCCUACGUCCUGAUAAACCCUUCCCCCGACACCAGGCUGGAGCUCAAUGAUGUUGUGUACUUGAUUCGCCCAGACCCUCUGGCCCACGUCCCAGAGGAGCCUCCGCUGCACAGCAGCAGCCUGAAGGAGAGACGCGAGUCCAGCGUAGACACCAAAGAGGACACCCAGCUCUGAGAGCAUUGCUGACCUUCACUGGUUCCCUCCUCCCAAAUCUCCCUCUUCGGCUGUCAUGUCCACGCAGGUCCAGUCUGAAAGAGGACAGUUUGUGCUACAAUGUUCCAGCACUGCAGUGUGCAACUGUAUUAUAUGAGUGCCUACUGUUUGGCAGAUGGCGUCUGACAUGUCAUCUGUGACGUUUUCAUUUUCUUGGCCUCAGACACUGUAUGGAAGAAUAGUGUAUGUGUCUCUGUGGAAGCUCUCUCAGAUAAGCAUUUAGCCCACCUGGAAGGAUUUCAGUCAGGUCCAUCACACCUGCUGUUUUGAAUCUGGUUAAUCUGAUUUGCCAAGAGAGAAAGAAGUAGGAACAACACUCUUGUGAUUUUUAAUGAAUUUCUGAGUGAAUUCUGUGUUUCUGUGCUCGUUUGAGUUGUGUCUCCCUCAGGAAAAGUCAAACACUGACAUCAGAGGUUAGCGACCCAGGAUUCAUCCAUCUUUUGACUUUUUGAAAUGACAGGAAAUUACAUACAGUGUAUCCAGAAAGUAUUCACACCGCUUCGCUUUUUGCACAUUUCGUUAUGUUACUGUCUCAUUCCAGAAUGAAUUAAAUUCAUU